GGAGGGUUGAGAAAGCAGAAGAGAAGAAAGCGUAGGGGAAAGGAGAGGCGGACAGAGACUGACAGAAAAAUAAAAAGUCUACCUCCACUAUAGCUAAAUAGAUACACACAGCAGAGACGAGCUAAAGAGGAGGAAACGAAAGGAGGGGGGAAAGAGAAGAGUGGAGAGUGUUUAUCGCAAUGCCAUGAGCACCAGAGUACUGAUGGGUAUGUGCAUUAUAGGUGUUCUAUUACAGACUGGUUCUCUGAAUGCAGUUUCUCUCUCUCUCUCUCUCUCUCUCUCUCUCUCUCUCUCUCUCUCUCUCUCUCUCACGCUAUUCAAUUAUUAUUCUCUGUGUCACGUUCUCUCUCUCUGCUGGUUGGUGGUAGUUGUGUACACUGAGUGGUAUAAUCAAUGAGAUGAUCACUGACUGACAGUAGCUCAGCAUUACCAUUCAGUGGCUGCAACAUGCGUUUCAGCGCUAGGACAUUAUGGUCAUGUGUGUGUAUGUAUCGAAUGAGUGUGUUUGUGUGUGUCUCUGUCUGUGUGUGUGUGUGCACGGGACAGAAGCGCCAGUCGUUGGUCUUGGAAUGCUGUGUUUGACUGCGUGUGGGAGGGGCAGGGUCCUUAGGGAGGAGAGUGAAGAAUUAGGUAAGGGGGGGAGAGAGAGAGAGAGAAAUAUACAUAUUGGGUUGCACAGCGUCACUAAGUACGUUUAUAUGAACACUUAUAAUUCAAUAUUAAACUGAUUAUGGCAGAACGCUGAGUAUGGCAUUAGUCAUGUAAACGCCUUACUCUGCUUAUCUUAAUGGGCGUUAGGUCAAAAUCGAAGUAAGCAUCCGGCGAUUAAAACAUCUGGUUUUCUGAGGAAUCUUUCAAAUUAUUAGGACAUGUAAACACCUUAAUUGGAGUUCCAGUGUUUGUAUUUGAUCUGCGUAUGUGCUAGCACCUCAGCACAAGCAUCCCUCUUAUGCGCGAGUGAAGUGAGUUUGGGAAAAACUGAAAGUAUGCAUCUGAACUGUAUGUGUCCCAACUCAAAUAGGCUUCCCCAAAAAGUCCCAUCAGGUAGCCUGAUUUCAGAUGUGUCCAUGGAAACAGGAUUAUUAUGGAAAUCGUUCUUCUUGCAAAGCAUGUAAACGUGAUCUGACUAUUCACAAUAAUUGUAUUGUGUGCAUGUAACCAUACUCAUUGGUCUGAUAAACCCAGUGACUGUGCCUGCCUUUAGUGUGUGUUGUGUUUGUGUGUUCCCUGCUUUGCUGCUUUUGAAAGACGGGGGCAAUGCCUUGUUUAAGAAACCAUCCUGGAACCCACACAUAAAAAAAUGCCCUCACAGGUUUUGUAGUGGAAGAAAAUAGUGUCAGGUACCAACUGGCUCAGCGCUAGUGUUCAUUUGACUGUGGAUAACACUCUGUGUGUGUGUGUGUGUACUCACAUAUGUGUGUGCUGCACCUAGUGUGGGUGUUAGCCACCGAGAUUAAGACAAAGUUCCAAGCAAACAUAUCUGGCUGUCUGGCAUGCUGUUGGGAAACUUGUAGAUAAAUAAUCGGCCAAUCGCGACUAUUUAUUCAGAUUUAAUGGGUAGGAAGCAGUGCGAUUGGAGGCCUUCCUGUAGCAGUGAGUUCUGGGGUGGUUGGCCAGGCCGAGGUCUCUCCACCGCCAUGCCACGGUUCAAUGCAGUCUUUGUGAGAGGAGUGCUAGACUUCAUGUUUGACUUAUCAAGGCCAGAUGGACAGUACUGUGAAGGGGCUCUCUGUGUGCUGAUAAGGAUGCAGAGUGUGUGUGUGUGUGUGUGUGUGUGCACAGAAUGUGAUGGCUGUUUUUAUUUUAUUUAUUAUCUACUUGGGUCCUUUAGUCUUUUCAUUAUUCAAUAUGCAUGGACUAACUCUCUCGUUCUCUCUCUCUUGUUCUCUCUCUCUCAUCUCGUUCUCUUUGUCUGUCUCCCCCACCUUCCUCUCUCUCUAGUGGACAUUAACUCUGCACUGCCCCUACGUCUGCCCCCGACUGCCAUCCCCAUGGACCUACGCAUCGACCAGCACCAACACCAGCAGCAGCAUCACCAGCAGCAGCAGCUGUCCAUGUCUCCGUCUGCAGCCCAGGCGUCUGCAGCCCAGGGUAGAGAGCAGCAGCUGCAGCAGGAACUCCUGUCCCUGAAACAGAAACAACAGAUCCAGAGACAGCACCUUAUCGCUGAGUUCCAGAGGCAACAUGAGCAGCUCAACCGCCAACAUGAAGCCCAGCUACAGGAACAUGUUAAGGUGGAGAGGGGGAGGGGGGAGGGAGGCGGGGGAUUGUAAGGCUCAGCUCCAGAAGCAUGUCAAGAAAGACGGUUAUUUCCCUUUCAUACAUGUCUAAACUAGAUCUCUCUCAGUGCAGCAGAAGCCUUUCAGCCCUAUGAUAUUAGCCCUGCUCUUGGGUCAGUGUUUGGGGCUGUAAGUGACCUAGAGUCUGUAGAUUGAAGGGCUGAGGGCUGGUCCCAGUACAGUGCUAACAGCACAAGGGCUCCUUUGGCCUGCGGUGGGGCUGGAAGACCACUCAGGUAGCAGAGAGUGACGCAAAGCCCAGGCAGGGAGACCAAGGCUCAAUCACCCCCAUUCAGAGCCUGUACACACACACACACACACACACACACACACACACACACAGAGAGAGAGAACUGCAGCACACACACAUCUCUGCCUGUCACCAAUCACCAAGACAUGUCAAAGAGUGGGAAAGAAAGGUGUAUUGGAAGAGAAAGAAAUUGAUUAUACUUGUUCUCCCUGUAUACCUCUAUGUAACUCUUUAGGUUAAGGUGUCUCCCCAUAAAUGCACCAAAGGCUGCAUUCCAAACUUAAAACACUCCCUUCCAUCUGCCCUUGUCUAUUGAAAGGGGGAAAGUUUCCCCAGUUUGGAACCUAGCCAACACCAUACCGUGCCUGCCUGCUGCCCUUCUCUCACGCACCUCCUCACCUCCCAUAUGAAUCUAUCCAUCAGCACGACUCUUAUUCCAGUCACUUUUCCUUGACGGUAAACACGGGUGCAUGUCCUCGCUAGCAGGCGGUUAUUUAAAGCACACAAAACCAUCCAAGGCAAUAACAAACAUACAGGCCAAAUUACGUCCAGUCAAAUUAAUCAAAUAUUGGAGUUGGGCGCUCUACUAAGGAGAGAGGCUGGGGUUGGCUGGAUGUGUGUGUGUGUGUGUCGAUCUAAUGGAUCAGUGGAUAGAAACAGCAGUUUAGAGGGUCCAUGGUACGUACAGAGAGGACAGGUUAUUCACGGAUUGACUGGACUGGUCUGGUUCCUGUAAACAUGCCGGGAACACUUGCAUGGAUUAAUACCUAGGACGGUGCUUGGGCUUGGGCUUGGGCUGAAUGGAUGGGUUGUGAUAACGUGAGGUGGCCAAGCUAGCAUGUUCACUUGGGUCUUGGGUGAACGUGUCCGGAGGGGAAUGGGGUAAUAGCUGCGUGAGGCAAGACCUGCAGGGCAAGGAGAGAAAGAGGAAUCGAAAUAACUAUUGGCUCCUGGCCCCUGAACCAACAGCAGGAUGUUGUACCAACGUUGUAUUAACAUUAUAACACCGUUGCUGUAACUUAAUGUUGUGUUAUCCCCACAGCACCAACAUUAACUCCUGGCCCUGAAGCAUCAGCAGGACGUUGUAGUAACAUUAUGUUGUGUUAUCCCCCAGCACCAGCAGGAGCUCUUGGCCCAGGAUGUUGUAUUAACAUUGUGUUCCCCCCCAUGCAGCACCAGCAGGAGCUCCUGGCCCUGAAACAUCAGCAGGAGCUGUUGGAGCACCAGAGGAAGAUGGAGAACCACCGUCUGGAGCAAGAGCUGGAGAAACAACAGAGAGAACAGAAACUACUGCUGCUCAAGAACAAGGAGAGAGGACAGGAGAGUAAGCAGCGAUAACACUACAUUAUAAUAUUAGAACUAGUAUAACUAAAAUGGGGCGACUGUGUACAAAAAGUGCUGUAUUUUCUGAACGGUUCACCCGAUAUGGAUGAAAAUACCCUCAAAUUAAAGUUGGCAGUCUGCACUUUAACCUCCAUAGUCAUUGUCUGAUUUCAAAUCCAAACUUUUGAAGUAUUCAGCCAAAAGAAGAAAAAAUACUUCAAGGUCCCAAUAAUUACAGAGGGCACUGUAUAUCUCUCUCACACCUAACCAACCUCCAUUCCGGUCAUCUAUUCUGGAGUGUAAGUGCUUGUCUGGUGUUGCCGUGUCGCCUGCUCUCUGUCAGUGGAGAGGUGUUGAGGGAGACAGGCAGCACGCUACAGGUAAUGGGUGGGCCUCCCCACCACAAGGCCGCUGGCUCUUUAAUCAUCUAGUGGAAUGGAUGGGGUAAACACACACACAGGAUCACCAGUCAGGAUGGAUGGAAACGGCAGCUGCCCUGGAGGAGUUUGGUCUGAUACAACCCUCAUUAGUCUAGAGCUGCGGUCUCCUGCUCUCUCUCUCUCUCGGUCUCUCUCUCUGUCUCUCUCUGUCUCUCUGUGUCUCUCGCUGUCUCUCUGUCUCUCUGUCUCGGUCUCUCUCUCGGUCUCUCUCUCGGUCUCUCUCUCGGUCUCUCUCUCGGUCUCUCUCUCUGUCUCUCUCUGUCUCUCUGUGUCGCUCUCUGUCUCUCGCUCUCUGUCUCUCAUUCUCUCUGUGUCUCUCUCUCUCUGUCUCUCUCUCACGAUAAUCACAACGGUUCACCCGAUAUGGAUGAAAAUACCCUCAAAUUAAAGCUGACAGUCUGCACUUUAACCUCAUAGUCAUUGUUUGAUUUCAAAUCCAAACUUUUGAAGUUUACAGCCAAAAUAAGAAAAAAUGCUUCACUUUCCCAAUAAUUCUGGAGGACACUGUAUUGUACACCUUUGGGAAUUGGAAAUGUGACAGUUUGAAUAUCCCAUCAUAUCAGUGGGAGUCUUUGAUAGAUAUAGCUCCUAGUAAACUCUUUGCCUGAAAUACCGUCAGAGCUCACACCUACCUUCAGCAAUGCCAUUUAAACACUUCCUCACUCUGCUAUCAUAUUGCUGAAGACCUUUCCUCCUUGAUCUAUGUGAAGUGCCUUAAGGCUAGGAAUUGGGUGGAAGUGUUCUGUCCCAUCGGCAGUGGCGGAGACUCUAGUGUUUUCUUACUCUGGUACCAUGUACCCUCGCCCUCUCAGGUGCGGUGGCCAGUACGGAGGUAAAGAUGCGACUGCAGGAGUUUGUGCUGAACAAGAAGAAGGCUCUGGCCCAGAGGAGUCUCAACCACGGGGGGUUGCCCAACGACCCCCGCUACUGGUACGGGUGAGUACACACACACACACACUCACUCCUGUCCCGUCAGCUGUGUGGGGAGUGGGUGUGUGUGAGCAGUCCCUUGGUCUGGGGAGGAGAUCACACACAUGGAGGACACAGCAGACUAUGUGGUCCUGUUGAGAGGAGCUCUCUCACCCUCCUCAGCCUUGAGUGUUUAUUAUCGAGCCGUGGAACCCACGUCCAGCUGUGGUCUGUGUGCUCAGUAUCAGGUGCUGUGUGUGUGUUCAUGUUUAUAGUAGUCCUUAGUAGAAACUGUGUGAUCACUGUUUCCAAUUGACUGAGUUUCCCUGUCUGAGUAAAAUCAUCCUGCACACACCUCACACAUACAGUAAACCACUUUUCCCAAAGUAGGUCAUGGUAAGAAUUACUACCAUGAUGACCCAGUGGAGUAUUGAGUCAGUAUUAUCAGAACUGUCUGUCCUUUCUCUCUCUCUCUCUCCUCUCUCUCUCCCCCCCUCUCUCUCUCUCUCUCCCCUCUCCCUCCCUCGCUCUAUGUAAAGAGUCACUCAGCACUUUAACGCUAACUGACCCAGUGGAGUAUUGAGUCAGUAUUAUCAGGACUGUCUCUCUCCUCACGGUCUCUCUCUCGCUCUCUCCUUCUCCUCUCUCUCUCCCCCCUCUCACCCUCCCUCGCUCCAUGUAAAGAGUCACUCAGCACUUUAAAGCUAACAGUCCUUCAGACCAGAAAAGAGGUAGAGAGGGGGGGGUAUACACACCACAGAGUGUGUUCACUAGACCAGAACAUGGGUUUGGGCCUGUGCCAGCACAGUUUACCUUACUGCCUGAGAACAGUCCUGCUCUGUAGCAGAGUAGCUAACCUCACAGGACAGACAGCUCUGCUCUGCCCAUCUUCCACCGCCACCGCAGGGUGACUGGAAACCAAUCUCCUCAGGCUGUACUUCAGCCUGCCCUACCCACUACUGAGGCGCAGCUUUAGAAUAUUGAGACACACCCCAUCCUAUAAUCCUGUAUGAGGAGUGAGGUCGUGGCUUUAGGCUAUUGAGACACACCCUAUCCUGUAAUCCUGUAUGACGAGUGAGGUCAUGGCUUUAGACUAUUGAGACACACCCUAUCCUGUAAUCCUGUAUGAGGAGUGAGGUCGUGGCUUUAGACUAUUGAGACACACCCUAUGCUGUAAUCCUGUGUGAGGAGUGAGGUCGUGGCUUUAGACUAUUGAGACACACCCCACCACAGUGUUGUGUGAUGAAGGAUCUGACGGUGUGUGUGCUCUUGCGUGUGUGUGUGUGUGUGUUGCUGCAGGAAAACUCAGCACACUUCCCUGGACCAGAGCUCUCCUCCUCAGACUGGUAUGGGUGCCUACAACCACCCUGUCCUGGGCAUCUACAACGCUAGAGACGACUUUCCCCUCCGCAAGACAGGUACUAAACACACACACACACACCUUGCUCUGCUAGAGGACUGUCCAGUAGACUCUCUGCAUGCUUACACCUCCCCUUAUUUAGAUAGAAUUAGAGCCUCUCACCAUUAAUCAAACCCAAAUUAGGCUGUCAGGGGCUCUGCUGCCCCCUCGAUGGAAUCCCCAGGGCUCUGAGAGGUACUGUAAAGCUGUGAGGGGAGGGGUUUAUGGAGUUCACUUCAGCAAAGCAGCACUGAGAAGCUAUACAUUAUUUGAGUUAACUGCUGAUAUUAAUAUUGACAAUAUUACCACCUAAAACGUGCCAAACAUGCAUUGCUAUGCUGGCAUGGCCUACUGUACCUACAGGGGGAUAUUUGAAAGGUACUGUAAUAUGUGACGGACCCCUUAUCACCCUGCCAAGGUUGUCAUUUCUAAAUCAUACAUCAUGAAAAAUGAGUACCCUGAGCCCCCGUCGCAGAGUGAACAAAAAAUCCCCUUUCUGUAGUUUAGAGAGGUGUACACCACUGACAGUAGACUAAGUGUAAACUAAAAUGGUGUGGCCGGGCCGUGCCGGGCUGUGAAGCGGUGGUCUUCCAGUAUAAUUAUUCACUUAGCGGGCAGGGCCUGUAUGAACAGAGCACGGCCAUGUUGACUCUAGCCCCAAGGCUGACUCAAGCUGUAGAUGCACCACAGUUGACACUGGCCACUGAGACCACAUUCCACCAAGACUGGGAGAGACGAGAGGAGACGGGGAGGAGAGGAAUAAAACAGGGGGAGUGUGGGGAAAGGAAUGGUGGAAGAGGAGAAAAGCCUCAAGGCUGCAGAUAGACCACAGUUGACACUGGCCACAUUCCACUAGAGGAGAGACGUUUUGGAAAAGAGACGGUUGGAGAAGAGGUUGGGGGAAUAGGAGAGAUGAGAGAGAAAGAAGGGAGAGGGAGUAGAGGAGAGGAGAAGGGAAAGAAAGAGGGAGGGAGGGAGGGAGGGAGGGAGGAGGGAGGGAGGAGAGUUUAGGGAAUUUGCUUUUACCUGCAGUUCUUUAACAGUGAUGGGCAUGAAGGAAAAUGAGACAAGGAGCCUCUUAAGAUCAUUGAGACCCACAUGCUGUGUUAGCUACAUGCUAGCAAUAUCGCCAUUAGAGACUUUGGAUUCAAAACCAUUUACUGUAGCUCGUGUACCUCAAGCUGAACCAACUCUCUACAGAACAUGCCUUUCUCAAUGACAUGGAGGUUUGUGAAGCGAUGCAGGGAGAUAUUUGCCGUUUUGUGAGGUUUACUUAUGUUAAUGCUAGGUUGGGCACCGUUAGAAGAGCUGGUUAUUUCAUUGCUUCUGCAUAAAUCUGGGGGCUGGCGUCUCACGCUACUUGUAACAGUCACAAGAUCCAACAACGCUCUCUUGCCUCUUACACACACACACACACACCUUCCUCCUGAGCGGUAGCAUUCUUUCCGUGCAGCGAUAAUGCGAUUUUGAAUCAGUGUAGUUGCGAUUCUUUUUUUGUUUUGCAUUGUAAAUAUUGUUUUGUUGAGUCCAUCCAAAUGUCCAUGCUAGCCAUGCAAUUUGUGUGUGUGUGAUUUAGACGCAGAUUUGAAUAUGACCCUGCAUCACGCCACACCCCUCCCCCCAAAGAUUUGACAUACAUAACACUUAGUCUCCCGCUGUCUGGCGUUCUCUCUCUAUCUCCCCCUCCCCAUUCAUAGGGGUUUGUAGACAGGCUGACAGGCUUUAUAUCACAAUGUGGUUCCAACUUCCAUCAAUGGGACACUCACUGUUAACAAGUACAUUAACCCCUGUCUCUGUCCAUUCAGCCAACAUGGUGUUUUAUACCUUACAUCUCUAGCCAUUAGCAAGGCUGUAAGUUCAUCCGGCCUAUCUAGGCCAGCCUUGACAUGAAAUACAUGGAAGCAUACAGAGGCUAGUUGAUAGGCGAGCCGGGACCCCACAUCAUGACCCUAACAUGGAGCGGUAUGGUAGCUAGGUAUCCCUUCACAGUCACAGCCCCUAUACCCUUCAAACUCAACUCUGGACCACCAAGCCAGUUCCACUGCGUUUUUUCAUUGUUCCCCUCUAAUUAGGGACUGAUUUAGACCUGAGACACCAGGUGGGUGUAAUUAAUUGUCAGAUAGAACAGAAAACCAGCAGGCUCCGGGACCUCGCAGGGUAAGAGUUGAAUACCCCUGCGCCUAUACGGUAUGAAAAUAGCAUAUUUGGUCACUGAUAAGCGCCUAAAUUAGAAUGCAGUGGCUGUACAGUAAAAUGCUAUACAUGACAUCAGAGCUCAGGGUCUCUGCUUUAUAGCGCUCUAUGGGAUUCAGCUGACAUACGUUGCCAGGGGCAACAACAAGAUACCCCCAUCCCUCCCGCUAAUUGAGCUUAUUUUGCUAAUGUUUUGUUGUCUGAGUGAGGGGAAUGCUAUAAAUGAAAAGGGACUCGAUGUGUUCUAAAAGAUGAGACAUUGAGGAUUAUAAUAAAUACCGCUUUGAUGUCAUACAAGCAAACCACACGGAAAUGUGCACUUCACAUUUCCAUAUUAUAGAAUGAAUGUAAUUUACAGUAUCAAUGUUUAUGAUUGCAGUUUUUGAUGUACAGUUCCAACAAUGACAUGGCUUCAUAGCUUGGGUUGUUUUGAACAGAUGUUUGUGGUAUUGUGAAGAUAGUUAGCCGUGGAGCAUGCUCAUGACUCCAUUCUAUGCGCAUCACAUUUACUAUCUGUCUCUGAAGUACAAAAACACAGUAAGAUUGUAUUUUACAACUUAGCUAGUCAUGUUGGCAAUAGAAAAAGCUUUCAAAUGAUGCCCAUCUGACCCAGAUUGCAAUUUAUAAUGGACCGUUUUUUGAUUGCUUAAACAACAACAGUAAUUGUGUGAUGGUGGGGAUGUAGGGCUGUGUUCCAAACAAAAAGCUUGUUGUCUACGCAAAUGUCCUGGUACUUGUUAAAGUUCAUGAUGCCGUUGACCUUAACAAGGGCCCCAGGACUAGUGGAAGCAAAAUAGCCCCAUAACAUCAAAGAUCCACCACCAUAUUAUACAGUUGGGGUGAGGUAUGUUCUGCAUAUGUAUUGUUCUUUCGAAGGCAUGGCCAAAGACCGCUCUUUUCGUGUCAUGUGACCAUAGCACCGCCUGGAGUUUGCUAAAGGGGAUUGGAACCGGUAAUAAUUUGGACCCCUUUCUUUUUGAGAUUUGUUGUUAUUACUUGUCUAUAAAUCUAUUUCUCAGAGCAAUUGUAUUAGUAUAAAAUAUUAUAAUUGUUGAAUUGUUUGGAGCGUACAAUAGCUCCGUGUUUUAGUUGUUUAGUUGAUGCAGUCUUUUUUCCUCAUCUUUAUCAAGGGAUCCAAUAAUUCCGCACCCCACUGUAUAUCGUGCUAUGACCUGGCCUGAAACCAUGGGAUCAAUGGGACACAGACCUCACUGUUAACAAGUACAUUAACCCCUGUCCCCAUCCCUGUCUCUGUCCAUUCAGCCAUUCAGCCAACAUGGGGGUUUAAUAAGCUCUAGCAAUUAGAAAAGCUGCAAGUUCAUCCACAUUUUUGUUGUCUGAGUGAGGGGAAUGCUGUAAAUGAAAAUGGACUCUGUGUUCUGAAAGAUGAGACGUUGAGGAUUAUAGUUGCUGCUUUGAUGUGAUACAAACAAACCACACACCCAAAUGUGCACUUCACAUUUCCGUAUUAUAAAACGUAUGUCAUGUACAGUUCCAACGAUGACAUGGCAUCAUACCCUGGGCUGCUUUGAAAGGAAUGAGCCGAUUGUGGUAUUGUGAAGAAAGUUACCUGUGGAACACGCUCAUGACACCAUUCUUUGCGCACCAAAAUGACUAUCUGUUUCUCUGAAGAGCCUUGUGAAAGCCUAACACAGUAAGAUCAUAUUUGAUAACUUAGCUAGUUAUGUUGGCAAUAGAAAAAGCUUUCAAAUGAUGCACGUCUGAUCCAGAUUGAGAUUUGUAAUGUACCGUUUUUGGAUUGCGUCAACAACAGUAAUUGUGUGAUGGCGGGGAACUGGGGAUGCAGGGCUGUGUUUUAAACCAAUACAGCUAGGAGAGCUCAAAGAAGCACCUAAUAGUUGAAGUCUCUUUCCUUGAGUCAUAAAAGUGCAUUGAAGUUACUUAGGAACUGUGCCCACUUUGGAGAGCUGUGUGGACACUUGGAGACACCAGUUAGACCUCUCAGUUCAAACCCUGAUCAUCUGUUCUUUUAUGCUGCAACUACCCCACAUUUUCCAGGAAUAGUCCUAUUGCGUUACUGAAUGUAUCCAGAGUAUUUUUUGAUUUUGUUUCCCCGAAAAACACUGCGAAAAGUAAAGUGUUCCCUUUCAAUUGCUGCCAUGGUUAUGCACAUGCAAUUCAUAUUUCUUCUGUUAGAAACAUUUUCAAUUUGGCCCUAUCCAUAUAGACCAAUCCCCACGAGGGUCAGAGGUUAAUAGGUUUAAAGGUGGGCUCUGUAUGAAUGAAUCCAUGUUCCUCUUUUGUCUGAUCUCAAAUGGGGGACCAUUCAAUUUGUCCAAACGUGUGUCAUGCCAUCCGUUCAAUAGCGCCUUACAUGAUUACAUUUGACGCCCCCAGACUUUCUCCCGUAGUAGCGCAGUCCAGCGGACACCUUUUGAAUGAUGAAACUAGCGCCUGCAUCAUUAGUCUGUGUUGCUUGUUAAACAGAGGAAAAACAAGGAUAGCGGGUGGAAUGGAGAUAGAGGGCUCUUGUUCUUCCACUCCUGCUUUGUGCGCUUUGUUUUUCCAGAAGGACUGAAAUAGCGCCCUGGCUGGAUAAUUAGUACUGGACUUCUAUUGGUUAGCAGGGUCCCUAUGGAGGGCCCUGAUUGUCCGUGCUGUGUAAACAGAACAUUAGCAUCAUUGCAGAACGUGGUAGUCUUGACAUUGCGUUCCCUCUCUCCGUCUUUGUCUUUCUCCGUACUCUCCAUUUGAAUGCACACUGACAAAGCCCGCUGUAAUUGACAAUGUCGCUCCCAGAAAUCAGUUCAUUCCCCCAUACACACUACUCUCUCAUUUCCUUGUUGAUGUGGCUAGCGCAGCUUUUCCCAACCCUCAACGCUCUGUACAUUGUAAUGGGGAUGAAACGUACCUCAUCCACCACCAUGAUGGUGUACAGCAGCACAGUCUGUGGAACUUAGUCGUUGAUGGUUGGAUAAAAUGGACCCUGUGUGAUCGAUAGGUUUUACCUAAACAAAUGUUGUUUGCCUCAACAAAACUGUGGUUUACUGCGGUUUAAGUUGCAGGGAUAAGGUAUGAAAGAGCUGUAUCAGAACCAUAGACCUCUCUUGAGUCUUAGUUACAAGCCUGGGUUGUGUUUGUCAUAGUCAGAUAACCAUAUCUGUGCUCUCUCUCUCUCGUGCUCUCUGUCUCUCUCUCUCUCUGUCUCUCUCUUGCUCUCUUUCUGUGUUUGUCUGUCUUGUAGCCUCUGAGCCCAACCUGAAGCUACGUUCUCGUCUGAAGCAGAAGGUGAGCGAGCGACGGAGCAGCCCUCUACUGAGGCGCAAAGACAGCCCUAUCACAACCGCCAAGAAACGCUCACUGGAUAUGGCAGGUAGGACACACUCAACAUUUUGGAGAGGAACAGGCAAGAGGUACAGACCUCACACAGAACAGAGCUGUGUAGUAGAUUUAACAUGGAAGAGAUGACUAACUGACUGGUUGUAUGAGGGUCAUGUUGUGCUGUAGACUUGGUGUGUAACAGUCAUGACUGAGUAAUGCUAUUGAUACAUUAUCCAGAUUCAGCGUGUAACAGCGCUCCUGGAUCCGGCCCCAGCUCUCCUAACAACAACAGCAUCAGCAACAUCCCCAAUGAGAACGGCAUCACUGUGGCAGUCUCCAACAGCAUUGAUGUGUCCCUGGCCCAGCGGUUGUGUGGUGGUGAACUCAGCCAGCUGUCUCUGUACACCUCCCCCUCCCUCCCCAACAUCACCCUAGGUCUGCCUGCCACGGCCACCUCUGCUUCCAACGUAAGACUCUCUGUUGAUCUAUUUUUCUCUCUUCUCUUCUCCUCUCUCUCUCUCUCCUUCUCUCCCUUCUCUGUGUCUGUCACUCUCUGGAUUCACACAGGAUUUAUGGUAUGUUGCCUGUAAAAACAGGGUAAUGUUUAUAUGACCCCCUUUCAAACAGUCCCAUUUUUACCACAUUCUCGCCGGCAUAAGCCUUUUAUAUAUCCCGUGCGCAUGCCGGCACCAUUGACGAGUGAGAGUGGGAGUAGGGGGUGUGCCGAUGUGGGUGGGUGUGUAUUUUAAUAAAUCCAUUGAAUAUACACCAUCACAAAGAAAUCCAUUAUUCAUUUGUUUAGGCAGGUCCUAAGAAACAUAAGACUAAUAAAAUGUAUUCUCAAAAGAAUAGAAUAGGCUAUUUUGAGUUGAAUUAUGUUACUGGUAUGGACAACCUAUAGGCUACAUGGCUGUGCCAUGCAAAUGAAAUCAAUAGUUGAUUUUGUUCACUAAGCAGACGACACACUUCCAUUCCCCUGCCGUGAUCACGGACAACACACAUAUAUGUAUUUUAUGUUAAGACUAUAAUCUAAUAAAAUCUGAAUAAUAUUUUUCCCACACAACUUAAGUCUCAUGUGAACGUGUGGAACCGCUGUCAUAUAACAAAGUGAUAUUUUAAAAGAGCCCACGGCCACAUUGUUUUCUGCGCUUUAGAAACCUUAGAAUAUUCUCUUUCCGAUCGUGUAAAGAAAUACAUAAUUGGACCUGGAUGAACCUCAUACUUUUUCCCUUCCCUUACUCCGCUUUGUUAGAUAUUAUGCACAUUGAUAGCUUGCUAGCAAACGUCCUCGCUAACUGCUUUUUUAAUAGUAGUAGCAGACAGUUAUCGAAAUAGGACUAAUCGUAGCAAAACAUGCUCAACAUAAUAAAUGUCCAACAAGAUUUUUCUGUGACAAUAGAAGAACAGCUCAAGGACAGAAUUACAUCAUUUCUGUGAAGCUUUGUGAUUGACGAGGACCAGGUUGAUGUCGGACAGCAAUAUAAUGUUUUAAUGUGUGCCAAAGCCGGUAACAAUGAAAGGCCACGUUUUAUACUGAGGGGGUGGCGGGACUUUGAAAAAUAAUACCGCAGUCAUUACUAGGUUGGUUGGCAGAAAUAUAAGUACAGGCUUUCUUACCGGCAAUACCUUUCACAGAUAAAGAAACAUUUGCGGCAUGCUAAAGUUGGCGGUUUUCUGUCUUGGUAUGAACAGGAUAUUUGUUUAUCUAGCACUCUCUCUCUUUCCCCCUCUUUCUCCUUUUCUCUGUCAUUCUUUCGUUGUGUCUCCAUCUCAUGUGACACUGUGUUUUGGGGGCAACCACCGCUUAAAGAGGAAUUCACAAAUCACAAUAUUGCAAAGAUAAAUCAGUUUAGAAUAGCAAUGACAACAGGCUUGUAAUGUAACUGUCUUCCACAAGCUAGUGGUGGGAAACCAGUAAAGACUAUAGAAACAUCAAACCAAUGUCAGUUUCAACAUAUCAAUCAUUCAAUCAAAUUUUAUUUGCCACGUGCCGAAUACAACAGGUGUAGACCUUACAGUGAAAUGCUUACUUACAAGCCCUUAACCAACAAUGCAGUUUCAAGAAAAUAAAAGUGUUAAGUAAAAAAUAGAUAAGUAAAAAAUAAAAAUAGCAAAUAAUUAAAGAGCAGCAGUAAAAUAAAAUAACAGUAUGGAGCUAUAUACAGGGGGUACCGGUUAGUAUACCAACAGUUCUAUAUAAAGUACUUCUAUUCUCCAGGUGACCUCAGCCCAGCAGGACGGGGGUCAGCAUGCGGCCCUCUCCCUCAGCCCCCCCUUCCUGGGCGGUGCCCACCUAGCCACCUACCUGACUGACGGAGGGGGCGUGGGGGGGCACCGCCCACUACUGCAGCACUUGGUCCUGCUGGAUAAGACUGGUGCACACGGGCCCCUACUGGCAGGUGGGUACAGCAGUAGAAUGGUACUUGGGCGGAAUACACACACACACAGUGUCCCAGUACACUGUGUGCUGUCCUAACAGAUACCCCCCCCCACCCCCCCUUCUAUUGACAGACUUCCUUUCAUCAGCUUCUAUUAAUCAGGGUCAAUGAGCGAGAGAGCGAGAGAAUUGUGCCCACCGGUCCGUUGAAGGAAAACAUCCAUUGACUCAAUUUCCCAGUGCUAUUUUCAGCUGACAGUGGAGUAAAUGACUGGUGACACGCACAGCCUUGGAAGUGAAUGUUUUUUUUUUGGCAGGCUAGAGAAGGUUCUACUUCUCCCAGGCUUGUAAUACUGUGCUGCUAUUAACCUCCAUUCCACUGUUCUGUGAUGAACAGAGCCAGUUCUACUCCGGAUAUUUCUUGUCCUGGGACAAGUGUGCUUGUGUGGAUUCAGGCAUGUGUAUGCACUCCUAUAACCAUACCCUCCUGUGUGUGUAUUCCCAACCCAGGUGUGGACGCCCUCCAGUCUCCCUCCAUCCACAAGCUGCGUGGGCAGCACCGUCCCCUGGGUCGGACCCAGUCGGCCCCACUGCCCCAGCAGAACGCCCAGGCCCAGGCCCUGCAGCAGCUGGUGGUCCAACAGCAACACCAACAGUUCCUGGAGAAACACAAACAGCAGUUCCAGCAGCAGCAGCUACACAUCAACAAGGUAGAGGAGGACAGGGGAUGAGGGUGGAGAGGAGGACAGGGGAUGAGGGUGGAGAGGAGGACAGGGGAUGAGGGUGGAGAGGAGGACAGGGGAUGAGGGUGGAGAGGAGGACAGGGGAUGAGGGUGGAGAGGAGGACAGGGGAUGAGGGUGGAGCGGAGGGACAUGGGGAUUGAGGGUGAGAGAAUGACAGGGAUGAGGGUGGAGAGGAGGACAGGGGAUGAGGGUGGAGAGGAGGACAGGGGAUGAGGGUGGGGAGGGGAGGGAGAGGGAGAGAGAGAGGGUGGGGUAUGUGGGCUGGAGGGUGUGUGUGUUUGAGAUGGUUUAAUAUUCCUCCACAGGUACAUUAGGGACAGGAAGCAAUGUCCGUGUGUGUGACAGUUGCUAAGGGCACGCCGCCAUGGAAACAAAGCGGAACCCACUUCCAGAUAUGGUCAUUCAGGAACUAGGUAGCUGAGCUGAGCGCUGUUUGGUUUGUCCUGCCUGUAAUGUGAUGUGUGCUCUGUCUCUCUCUCUCUCUGUCUCUCGGGAGAGGUGGGUGGAUGAAACAAGGGAUUCUCUUCUAUUUCUUCUCCUCCAUUAGUUUUCAUGCCCUUAGGUGACAUCCCCACAAAGAAACAGUAGAGGGUCACCGUUUUGUAACUCAUUUACAACGUUUCUCAACAUUCAAUCAAAUGUUCCUUUAAGUUUUUCUUAGUGUUUAUCUCUGACCCUGUCUGACCAGAGUCGAUCUAAUACUGUGUAUAUAUAUAUGAAACUAAUCUGUCAGAGGAGGGCAGAUGGGCUUUGAAGGGCCAGAUGGCAAAAAUCAAUCAGUAUGACUUGAUCACAGGGUAUUAGCUGGCGUAGUCUGUACAGAGUGUACUACUCUAUUGUUACAGAGAGGACUCAGUCAUAAAAUGGCACCCUAUGCACUAUGUAGUGCACUACUUUCAGUGCACUAUAUAGGGAGUGAUUUUGGGGCGCAGCCGUAGUCAAUGGGGAGAGAGGGAGUGGGCCCACUGCAUGUGAUUCAGGUAUAUUUCUCUCAUAGCUACUGAAAAAGGAUGAAGUACGUCCUUAGCAACAGGUUAUGUUUACAAUGAAACGGAACGUUCCCCUUAGUAAUGCGUGUGACGUCAAGGGAGGUUGCCGAGUGCUGCCACACAAGUAGGAAAGAGGACAAAAUAUGAAUAGGGUAAUCAUUAUAAAGAAAGGUUUUGAUAAAUGUUUGUGGCUCUGCAUUAAUCGAGCAUCUACUGAAAAAUCUCUCAAUUUCAUGAUUUUGAACUUUCAGUACUUCCCAUUGAGAGAGAGAGAGCGCGAGAGAGAGAGAGAGAGAGGAGACAGAGAGAAGAUCGAGCGAGAGAUGAUAUCGCUAGAGGAUGGAGAGAGAGAGCUAUCUCUAGAUGACUAUGCUCUUCUCUCUCUAUCUCGCGUCUCGCUGCUCAUCUCCUCUCGCUCUCGCUCUGCUCAAUCUAUCUAUCUCGCUCGCUCUCGUUCGCUAUCUCUCUCUGCUCCGCUCGCUCCCCCGAGGGGCAAAGAAGCACUUGUUGUAGAGAAGACUGGGGAUGAGGUAGCUGGCGAGGGUUCUGACGUCAAUACUGUUCCUCUGGCACCCUGCCACAGGCCCGAGGGCUGACGGGCCUGCCAAUAGCACACACACACACAGUCUUGUACAACUAACCUAACAAUUCAGUCCUAUUUUCCCUAACCCCUAAACCAAACCAGUACCCUUACCCUAACUUUAAACCUAAUUCUAACACUAAUUCUAACUUUAACCCUAAACCCCCUAGAAAAAGCAUUUGACCUUGUGGGGACCAAGAAAAUGUCCCCAGUUGGUCACAUUUUUGUUGGUUUACUAUUCUUGUGGGGACUUCUGGUCCCCACAAGUAUUGUUAAACACGUCCACACACACACAAUUAGACCGGAGUCAAAUACAUUGCUGUGUUUCAAUUUCAGCUGAGUAUCUGAGUGGCGCAGUGGUCUAAGGCACUGCAUCGCAGUGCUAACUGUGCCACUAGAGAUCCUGGUUCGUAUCCAGGCUCUGUCGCAGCCGGCCGCGACCGGGAGACUCAUGGGCGGCGCACAAUUGGCCCAGCGUCGUCCAGGGUAGGGGAGGGAAUGGCCGGCAGGGAUGUAGCUCAGUUGAUAGAGCAUGGCGUUUGCAACGCCAGGGUUGUGGGUUCGAUUCCCACGGGGGGCCAGUAUAAAAAAAAAAAAAAUGUAUUCACUAACUGUAAGUCGCUCUGGAUAAGAGCGUCUGCUAAAUGACUAAAAUGUAAAUGUAAUGUAUCUGGAAGACUUUUUGCAGUGCAGAUAUUUUGUAGUGCACUUGUGUUGGAUGACUUAGAUAAUUGUACACAAUAUUAAUAUGGGUCAAAGCAAGGUAGCACACUAGACAUUUCCAAAUAGGCAUACUAAUGGACCGACACUGAUGACUGCUUAAAAUACAAAUAAUUAUUUAUGGCCCAUUGUAUACACACAGGAACACUGCCAAGGCAUGUUCCCCUGUACAGAGUGGGAUGACUGAUUCAUUUCCCUGGCACACACACUAUCCCCCCUCUCUUUCCUUUCUUUCACUUUAACAAGCUUCAUUUCAUUUUUCAUUUUCAACAAGUGCUCUCAGAGGUUUCCCGUUACCCAUUCACAGGGUAUGAGAACCUACACACUGGAGUCACUGGAGACAGAGAGGAUUGGGGCCAAUCCUUGUACCACAACAGAAGAAUGUGACCCUGAUCAUUGUCUCUAUUGACCCCUAUUCCCGCUCACAGCCGUGAUUCCAAAGUGAUCUAGUUUCCCAUUCAUGGACAGUGCGUGUGGAUAGGAGAUGUGGCGCUCAGUGUGCUGCUUUGUGGACAGCUUCUAGCAGCUUUCACUGACUUUUAAAGUCUUAAGGACACACACACCUCAAUGUUAAAAUGUCGACCACCGUGUCUUAGUAAAGCUACAUGUUUCACUAUAGAACUCCUUUACUACAACUAUUGUAUCAACUGCAAUAACUACUGCGUUACUACUGUACUGCAUAUCAUCAAUGAAUAGACAAUGGAUUGACCCAUACCCUCUCCUCAGAUGAUGGGCAAGCCCAGUGAGCCCACGGGGGGGCGGCAGCACCAGAGUCACCCGGAGGAGACCGAGGAAGAGCUAAGGGAGCACCAGGCCCUCUCUCCCCAGGACGGAGGCCUUCCGUGUGGGAUCACUAUCAAACAAGAGCCCCCAGACCCCCAAGAGAACCAGGAGGAGGACAUGCAUCAGGAACUACUGUUCAGACAGGUAGGAGGGGAGUAGUGAGUGAGAGAGAGAGCGAGCGGGAUCGAGCUACCACUGGUCAAUACGAUGUGCUAGUGACGUCAUCCUACGUCAUACUUCCAGGGUCAUGUCCCGGGGCAAGGACUGUACAAGGUGUCGAAAGCGUUCCACAGGGAUGCUGGCCCAUGUUGACGCCAAUGCUUCACACAGUUGUGUCAAGUUGGCUGGAUGUCCUUUGGGUGGUGGACCAUUCUUGAUACACACAGGAAACUGUUGAGCGUUGAAAAACCCAGCAGUGUUGCAGUUCUUGACACACUCAAACCGGUGUGCCUGGCACCUACUACCAUACCCCCACUACCAUACCCCGUUCAAAGGCACUUAAAUAUUUUGUCUUGCCCAUUCACCCUCUGAAUGGCACACAUACACAAUCCAUGUCCUAAUUGUCUCAAAGCGUAAAAAUCCUUGUUUAACCUGUCUUCUCCCAUUUAUCUACACUGAUUUGAAGUGGAUUUAACAGGUGACAUCAAUAACGGAUCACACCUUUCACCUGGUCAUUCUCUGUCAUAGAAAGAGCAGGCGUUCUUAAUGUUUUGUAUAGUCAGUGUACUUCACCUGUUAGGAGUUGUAGUUGGUGUAUAGUUCUCAUGAAGCGGUGGUCACUGUUCGGCUUCUUCUUUGCCCACAAAUAUGUUGAAAACCGCCAGAUGUUAAGUAAAUUCACUCGCAAACAAGUAUACAUUUUAAUAUAUAUCUUAAAUGACUGCGUUUUCAUGACUUAGAUGAUGCAAAUUUUAGGCUCAUUCUCAGCAUACAAAACGAGGAAUCAGAAGUAAAAUUGACACGACACUUUCAUAUUCGUAUUGACUUCAUGGCACACACACACACACACACACACACACGAUUAUCUCGUUUAGCAGUAAUUGUGUUUAUUGAAUGAUCCACUUGGGCAAUAAUAUGCUAUUUCCUGUCCCAGGAUGCUAUGCUACUGACAGAGAGUCCUUCCUUAAUGAGAGGAAACCAUGCAUCUUUCAAAUCCACCCUCUCUCCUGCAGAUAGAUGUCAUUCGUUUCGGUUCAGCUCACAUAGCUUGACUGCCACCGUGUGGCCAAAUGUAGUAAACGCAUUGCAAAGAGCAGGUAAUGCCUUCAAUGUCACAAUGGACAUGUUGAAAGCUUUCAUGCAAUUUCUUUCUCUCUCUCUCCUCCCCACCUCUUCCCCCCUCCCCUCCUCCCUCCUGCCCUCCUCUUCUCCCUCCUGCCCUCCUCUUCUCCCUCCCCUCCUCUUCCCACCUCCCCUCCUCUUCUCCUCUUCCCCUCCUCUUCCCCCCUCCCCUCCUCUUCUCCUCUUCCCCCCCUCCUCCCCUCCUUCCCCUCCUCUUCCCCUUUUCCCCUCCUCUUCCCCCCUCCCCUCCCCCUCCUCUCCCCUCCCCUCCUCUUUCCUCUCUGAGCAGCAGGCCAUGUUGUUGGAGCAGCAGAGAAUCCACCAGCUGAGAAACUAUCAGGCUUCCAUGGAGGCAGCCGGUCUGUCAAUCAACUUCCCAGGUCACCGCCCCCUCUCCAGGGCCCAAUCGUCUCCGGCCUCCGCUUCCUCCUUCCACCUCUCCGUGCCGCCCCCUGAGCCUCCCACCAAACCUCGCUUCACCACUGGUUAGCAGUAGUGCUCUUCUCUUUCAUAUCUUUCUCUUGGUCUGUCGUUCCUUUAUCCCUCCUUCUUUUGCUCUGUCAGUUUGUUGUUUCCACGUGUGUGUGUGUGUGUGUGUGUGUGUGUGUGUGUGUGUUUGUGCGUCAGUGGUAAUGUGUGUUUGUGUGUUAAUGUCCUGGUUUUGUCCUGCAGGGUUGGUGUAUGACUCUCUGAUGCAGAAGCACCAGUGUAUGUGUGGGAACACACACACCCAUCCGGAGCACGCCGGCCGCAUCCAGAGCAUCUGGUCCAGACUGCAGGAGACAGGACUGAGGGGACAGUGUGAGGUACAUUCUAAAGGCUUCUCCUUCAACCAUCCUUCUUUGCUAUUCUCUGUUGUAGUUGGUUUUUUACAUUAUUUAUAGUCUUCAAACAAGGGUGAAUUGAAUGCAUUUAUGUUGCUAGGAGUUACCAACUGAUGCAUAAAAUGACAUCAUUGCUUAACCUUUCCAUGUACUUUGUCAUUUUUGAUUCACUUAAACAUAGAGAAAAGAAAGGAAAUUAAUAGAAUGGAAAUGCUACAUGUCUCGUGUGUGUGUGUGUGUAGUGUAUCCGUGGUAGGAAGGCCACUCUGGAGGAGCUCCAGACAGUCCACUCUGAAGCCCACGUCCUGCUGUAUGGAACCAACCCCCUCCGACAGAAACUAGACUGUUCAGUCACGCCCAUGUUGGUCAGAUUACCAUGUGGAGGAGUGGGGGUGAGUCUUCCUCUUAUUCCCAACUUCUUCUUCUUCCUCUACCUCUUCUUCCUCUUCCUCUUCAUCCUCCUCUUCCUCUUAUUCCUCUUCCUCUUCAUCCUCCUCUUCCUCCUCCUCGUCGUCCUCCUCCUCUCUUACCCCUACUCUUCUUUCCCUCUUGCUCCUCCUCCUCUAUGGUCAAAUCAUUAAAGGGAUAUUUUGGGAUGUUGUCAAUGAACCCAUUUAUCUAUUUCCCCAGAGUCCGAUGAACUCGUGGAUACAAUAGGUAUGUCUCUGUGUCCAGUGUGAAGGAAGUUAGAGGUAGUUUCACCAGCUAGUGCUAACUGGCCUUAGCACAAUAACUGGACAUCUAUGGUAACAGCUAGCAUGCUAGCUUAUGGUAACAUGCAAGCUGUUACCACAGACAUCCAGUCAUUGUGCUAACGCUAGUUAGCAACUUCUUUCAAACUGCACACAGACAUAAAAAUGGUAUCCACAAGUUCGUCUGACUCUGGGGAAGUAGAUAAAGAGCUUGACUGCCAACAUCCCGAAGUAUCCCUUUAACUGUGAUGAUGAUGAUGAUUGCAGGUGGACAGUGACACCAUCUGGAACGAGGUCCACUCCUCUACUGCAGUUCGUCUGGCUGUAGGUUCUGUGGUGGAGCUGGUGUUCAAAGUGGCCACUGGUGAACUGAAGGUGCGUCCUCUCUACCCUUCUCUUCUCCUUUUCAUCCCUCUACUCCUCCAUUAAGGUUAGGUCGCUCUACACUUUUUUCCUCUUAUUCACAAAGGAUGCACUCAAUCACUCCCCCUCAUGGAUGGAGUUGUGGGUAAUGUAGUUGUUGCGUCUGGUUCCCAGAACGGCUUUGCUGUAGUUCGACCCCCUGGACACCAUGCAGAAGAGAGCACUCCCAUGGGGUUCUGCUACUUUAACUCAGUAGCCAUCGCAGCCCGACUGCUCCAACAGAGACUCAACGUCUGCAAGAUCCUCAUAGUAGACUGGGUGAGUUUAUGCUGGUCCUUCACCUGGCCUUUUAAAGAGAAAGUGGGUUUUGUAAAUGGCUGUAGAAUUACCAUGGGAUGUAAGAUGACAAAAUGGGACAAUGGGACAAUAGUCAUCUGAUUGGCCAUGUGUGCUGUCCAUCAGGAUGUUCACCAUGGCAACGGGACCCAGCAGGCGUUCUACGACGACCCCAACGUGCUGUACCUGUCUCUCCAUCGCUACGACGACGGAAACUUCUUCCCUGGCAGCGGAGCACCCGACGAGGUAAUGACGACAAAUAUCAUGGAAACAUGGUGUGUGUGUGUGUGUGUUCUCAUGGCUAUUACUCCCAUCCCUUCUCUGUCAGGUGGGCAGUGGUCAAGGAGUAGGCUUUAAUGUUAACAUGGCCUUCACCGGGGGGCUGGAGCCCCCUAUGGGAGAUGCAGAGUACCUGGCAGCCUUCAGGUAACACACAACAUACCCUUCUCAUGCCUCUGACACAUUUACAUUUACAUUUUAGUCAUUUAGCAGACGCUCUUAUCCAGAGCGACUUACAGGAGCAAUUAGGGUUAAGUGCCUUGCUCAAGGGCACAUCGACAGAUUUUUCACCUAGUCGGCUCGGGGAUUAGAACCAGCGACCUUCCGGUUACUGGCACUACGCUCUUAACCACUAAGCUACCUGCCGCCCACACACACUUACCCCAUCAGACAUGCCACCAGGGGUCUUUUCACAGUCCCCAAAUCCUGAACAAAUUCAGGAAAGCUUACGGUAUUAUAUAGAGCCAUUAUUGCAUGGAACUCCGUUCCAUUUCAUAUUGCUCAAAUGAACAGCAAAGCUGGUUUCAAAAAACUGAUAAAGCAACAUCUCACGGCACAACGCCUCUCACCUAUUUGACCUAGAUAGUUUGUGUGUAUGUAUUGAUAUGUAGGCUACGUGUGCAAGUUUAAAAUGUAUGUAGUUCUGUCCUUGAGCUGUUGUCUAAUGUUCUGUAUUGUGUCAUGUUUCAUGUUCUGUGUGGACCCCAGGAGCUUUCACAACAGCUAAUGGGGAUCCUAAUAAAAUACCAAAUACCAAAAAACACACAUGAACUGAAGUUGAUAAACUCUCUCUUUCUCUCUCCCUCUCCCUCUCCCUCUCUCCCUCUCUCUCUCUCUCUCUCUCUCUCCCUCUCCCUAGGUCUGUGGUGAUGCCCAUAGCUAAUGAGUUUGCUCCUGACGUGGUGCUGGUGUCCUCAGGCUUCGACGCCGUCGAGGGCCACCCUCCUCCCCUAGGCGGUUACACCCUCACCUCCAAAUGUACGUAUAUGUGUAAAGUAGCACUGGUGCAAUGAUAUCUGGAUCUUUAUUUUGGAUCCCCAUUAGCUGACGCCGCCAUGACAACAGCUAGUCUUCCUGAGGUCCAGACACACAACAUGACAGACAAAAGAUGAUACACUACUUUAAGUGGGUGUCCACAUACUAGUGUAUGUCAUGUACUGUAUUCUUUGCAGCUGUGGUAUAUUGAUGAUCCCUCUCUGUCCCUCCCCACCUCCCUUCACACACACUCGCACACACACCCUCCCCUGCAGGUUUUGGGUACCUGACGCGUCAGCUGAUGACCCUGGCGGAGGGUCGCUUGGUGCUGGCAUUGGAGGGAGGUCACGACCUCAUGGCCAUCUGCGACGCCUCCGAGGCCUGCGUCUCCGCUCUGCUGGGUAACCAGGUGAGGACAGGAGGGAAGGAGGAAGCAGGAAUUAGGAAGGGUAAUGAUCAGACUAGAUCAUUUAUAGUGGUCUGGUGAAGAACUGAAAAGGAGAAAGAAUGGAUGCAUGGUGAAGGUGGAAUAGUUGACAGUGUGUAUGUCUUGUCCACAGCUGGAUCCUCUCCCUCAGGCGCUUCUGGAGCAGAGGCCCAACCAGAAUGCUGUGUGCUCCAUAGAGAAGGUUAUAGAAACACACAGUAAGUACCAAGAACAGUUUCCUGUCUGAGAUUGAAGAGGCAGGAAAUUCUCCCUCAAUUUAGCUUACUCCUGUUUUAAAGGUUGAGUAAGUUAGAUUUUUUUGUCUGCAAAUGUACCCACAUUUCAUUAGAUGUACUGUAAAUGGUUUAUGAUUAAUGAAUUCCAUAAUUUAAUUAUUUUGUUAGAUACUUCUCCUUAUUAGCUGAAAUCGUAUUUUUUCAAAGCCAUUUUAGCUAUUGCGCUAGCUGUUCAGGCCAAACCAAGCAUUGGAUCAUGGGAAUUUGUUGCGCUAUGCAGACGUUAUCUCUUUUCUGAGGCACAUGUUGCUAGGCAACCCCCCUGGACUUGGCCGGGCAGGCCUGCCCCUUCCUGGGCCUCGGCUAUAGCCAAUGUGAGAAACGUUUGUGCAAUGAAACUAAAUAAAUACUACACUCUGACCCACAAAACGUAUUUGCUAGAUUCAUGAUAGUGUUGUUGGACAAAGCAAGGAAAGUGAACUUCAAAACGAGAUGUAGUUUUAUUGGGAUUUGCAGCUGUUGUUGGUAGGUAAUGAAUCUGCUAGCUUCUGAAAUAACUUACUAAUCCUUUAACAUUGUUCUCUCUCUAUCCUCCCUCUCUCUUUCUCUCUCGCUCUCCCUCUCCUCUCCAUCUCUCUCUCUCUCUCCCUUUCUCUCCAGGUAAGUACUGGCGCUCCAUGCAGCGUGGCUCCCCCAAGCUGGGUCUGUCUGUGCUGGAGGCUCAGAGAGGAGACUCCGAGGAGGCUGAGACCGUCAGCGCCAUGGCCUCUCUCUCCGUUGCCAACAAACAGAGGUAGGUCAUCAUAGGUACUACCAACCAGUUCUGCCACCUUCCAGUAUGGAGAUCCACCUGUUUUACUGACGUACCUUCCUCUCUUCUUGUUCCCCUUCAGCAGGUCAGAGGAGGAACCCAUGGAGGAGGAAGCGCCAUUGUAGGGGAGGGAAGCGUAAGGGCGUCGCACCGUGACUGUCGGCCUCUGCUGCAGCUCGGAAGACUUCCUUCUGGAGAGUCUCGACUGUCCCUUUUCAUUUAG